AUGAACAAGCUAUUCCUGGCAACCGCUUUCGCUCUAUUUUGUGCCUUCGAGGCAAGACCGUGCGGCGGAUUCUGCGGCGGAUUCCGGCCACCACCGCCACCAUGUGGACUUCCACCAUACAUCGACGACCUUCCAGAAGACGCUCGUCUCAAGAUCACCGAGAUUUGGAAGAACUACAAAGCCGGAGACAAGUGCUACAACGAGCAAGGUCUCACUAGAGAAAUUGUCGAUGCUCUUCCAAAGGAUGCUAAGAAGAACAUCCAUCGAUUCCGUCUUCCAUUCCUUCAUGGACUUCCAUCCGACGUCGUCGCCAAAUUCGAUGAGAUCAUGAAGGAUCGCAGUUUGACAUUUGAUGAGAAGAAGGAGAAGACUGACGCGCUUGCCAAGGAGAUUCUCACCGGCGACGCUCUUCAGAAGUUCAACGAGUUCAAGGAAAGAAUGAAGAAGCACGAAGAUGAGUACGAAGAGAAAAAGUCGAAAUUGUCGAAAGAAGCAUUCAAGGCGAAUGAAAAGAUCAGCAAGCUGAUGAAGGAGAAGUUCGAGAUCAUGGGAUCGUUGAGCGAGGAAGUCAAAGAUGAGCUGUUCGAGUUGUGGAAGAGCCGAUUCCCGGGACCACCACCACCACCACAGUAA